CUUGCCUAUCACGAUUCACAUCGCGGCUCUACGAGCUGCGGAGGUUGCUGAACAGAGUAAACUGAAGCCACCAUCAGCUCCUGCAACUGCUGCCGUUUCAUUUUAAUUUUUUCUGCUGUUUUGUUUUUCUUUUUCCCCUUUUCUCUCCCCUCACCUGGUUGUUACCACAUUUCUGUUUUUAAGGGCCUAAUUUUUGUUUUAUUCUUGGGACACAAUGAAAGCCAACACAUCUUGGGAGCAUUCCUCCUGUUGGCUGGGACCAUGAUUUACCUCUCGCAGCUUUGUUCUGAUGACAGCCUCACACUCACACGGUCUCAUCAAAGCAGGAGAGAGCCGUGAAUUGUUCCUAACUUUCUUCAGCAUCUUCGACGAUUCCAGCUGCAGCAGGUACUUUUUGCUCUUGAGCAGCAGCUGCCCUGCGUUUUGGUGCUGAAGCAGCCAUGUGGAGCAAGGAGAGCGAUACUUCUCUUCUCAUCUGCCUGCUGGCGUUCACAGCUCUGUGGACAACCAGAUCAGUGAAUGCCACGUCUGAAGCCUUCAAAACCAACAUCACCCUGUUCACACGCAUCCUUGACAGUUUACUGGAUGGAUAUGACAACCGUCUAAGGCCUGGUCUUGGAGACAGGGUAACUGAAGUGAAGACUAACAUCUACGUCACCAGCUUUGGACCAGUUUCAGACACAGACAUGGAGUACACCAUAGAUGUUUUCUUUCGGCAAAGCUGGAAGGACGAGAGGUUGAAAUUUCAUGGACCAAUGAACAUUUUACCUCUCAACAACCUGAUGGCAAGUAAGAUCUGGACUCCGGACACCUUCUUUCACAAUGGGAAAAAAUCUGUGGCUCAUAACAUGACCAUGCCUAACAAAUUGCUAAGGAUCAAAGAUGAUGGGACCCUGCUGUACACCAUGAGGUUAACUGUGCAUGCAGAGUGCCCAAUGCAUCUGGAGGAUUUCCCCAUGGACUUUCACUCCUGUCCACUAAAAUUUGGCAGCUACGCCUACACAAUCUCAGAAGUGACUUAUGCGUGGACUCGAAAUGCCUCAGACUCGGUAGUGGUUGAAGGAGAGAGCUCUCGUCUGAAUCAGUACGACCUGCUUGGGCAAACUGUUGGACAAGAAACCAUCAAAUCGAGUACAGGUGAAUACACAGUGAUGACAGCUCACUUCCAUCUGAAGAGGAAGAUUGGCUACUUCGUCAUCCAGACAUAUCUCCCGUGCAUUAUGACAGUCAUCCUUUCCCAGGUGUCUUUCUGGCUUAACAGAGAAUCAGUGCCAGCUAGGACUGUGUUUGGUGUGACGACAGUUCUCACAAUGACAACACUGAGUAUAAGCGCGAGAAACUCCCUGCCUAAGGUUGCAUACGCCACUGCCAUGGACUGGUUCAUCGCUGUCUGCUACGCCUUUGUCUUCUCCGCUUUGAUUGAGUUUGCCACUGUCAAUUACUUCACAAAGCGAGGCUGGGCUUGGGACGGAAAGAGUGUUGUGAGUGAAAAGAAAAAAGAGAGGGCAUCUAUUGUUAAGAAGAAUAACGCCUAUGCUGUUGCAGUGGCCAACUACGCGCCUAAUAUCACCAAGGAUUCCAGUACGCUUCCUACCAUUGCCAAAGGUGGAGCCACAGAUACCAACAAGGCCAAAGCCGAUGGCAAAGCCCAGGAAAGCAAGAAGACAUUCAACAGCGUCAGCAAAAUUGACAGGAUGUCACGGAUUAUGUUUCCGGUUCUCUUUGGUACCUUUAACCUCGUCUACUGGGCCACCUAUUUAAACAGAGAACCUGUUAUAAAGGAUAUGGUCCCUUCUAAUUAGAGACCAGUUUAGAUCGCUUCUGGUCUGGGGACUAAGAGAUGAACCAAAUACCUCCAGCAACUGUGUACACAUACCUUUGCAGUCCUGGAUUGCAGUGUGAUCCUGUAUCUCCGCCCUGUUUUCUACACUGUCUGCAGCACUUUUGAGAAGCCUGGCUUUUGUAAAUGUGUAUGUAUAUUUAUAUUCAUGGUUUCAUGGUGUCAUAUUGCGUGGUUACUUUGAUUAGAGUGCAUAUUACCUUGAAAGUAUGUUUCCAAUUACAGUAUGUGGCCACUGUACAUACAAAUCAACUGAAGAUUUAAACCCAUUAACAUUAACAUAUACAUUUUAUUUAGGGUUUCUACUAAAUGUGUUUAAUUAUGUUGGUAAUAUCCACUAUCUUUAUAUCACUGUAUGUAUUUUUUUUCCUUUAUGGUGCAAUGGACUGAUUUUUUUAUGUUCCUUGCCAUGUAAGUGUGGCCUGACUUUCUUUUUUCCUGUCCAAGCCAAUGCAAAAACACACUUGUAUUAUAUAGCUACAGUUUAAAACUUGUUUGAUUGUUCGUGACUGCAGGUAUGGGGCUGCCAUCAAACACUGCUCUGAUCCUCAUUACAGAAAAGACUUAGAAAAUGAAUAGUUGCAGUGCAAUUGUGUCAUUUUCAUGAGUACGUUCAGAGUUCACCAUGUCAGUUUUGAACAGGUUCAAAGUUUUGUUCAUUUAAAUAUUUACAGGUUAGAAGUGAGAAUGGAAGGAUGGACUUAAGAAAGAAAAGAAGUUAUAAUGCAUGAUAUUUUGUCUUGCAAGGAAAUCAGUAAUACUAGAUCUUAAAUUUUAUCACACAAAACAGAAAUGCAUGUGGAACAGAUGCGCAG